AUGUGCGACAGUGAAGAAGUCAAGAAGAAGCGGAGCUCUGAAGCUGAGGAGCGGAGAAAAGCUGUUCUGUCCAAGAUAAAAAUUCUAACCAUAUCUGAUCUGAGGAAGGAAUGGCAGCUCCGGUCUGAGAAGCAUGUGGAGAAGCAGAGACUUAACCCAUUUAGCGAUGACUUUGACUUCCAGCACUCCAUGGACGUCCGUCUCCACAAGGGGGAUAGUGGCUAUGGAAGACCAGAGAAAGGGAGCAGGACGGAGCAAAGAGGCAAGAGGGCUCAUCAGCACAUCCAGAAGGAGAUUGAUGAAAUGUGCCUGAUCAUAAGAGACAUGGGGGUAAAGGGCAGAGACGGACAGAUCAGAGUGAGGUUUGGGAGAUUGUUUGAUAGAUAUGUGCAGAUCUCGGACAAGGUGGUUGGGAUCCUCCUGAGGGCUAGAAAACAUGGACGCCUAGAUUUUGAAGGAGAAAUGUUGUGGCAGGGAGUCCACGAUGACGUUAUCAUCACUUUGUUGGAUAGACCAUUGACUUGAACAUUAUAAACAUAUAAUAUGGACCAUUCCAAUGAGAACUUCUACAUGUGUGACAAUGUUCAAUCACCAGUUAUUGCAUGACAUAAAAUGAUCACUGAAGGAGCCAUCCAGACAUAACUGAGGGG